AUGGCACCCAUUACGCUCCGACCGCCAACAUUCUCCAAGGCGCAACCACCAGCCGACUACGAGGACCCGACCAUCUCAUGGAUGAGCGAGGAAUGGCACGUCACGCACUCGACGCUGCCCAUGUGGAAGAGCAAGCGCAAUGUGCGCAUCAAAUACACGCCUCUUGAGCCUUCGUCUGAAGCGAUCUCGAAGGAGAAUACAGAUCGCUUGGAUGACCUAGUCACCUACCAAAGCCUCAACAAGGAGAAGCUGAACACUGUCAAUGGCAUAGACAAGUGCUCCAGCACUGGUGACAAGAGAGGCGAGUGGGAUUGGCGCGGCAAGGGCUGGCUGAAGAUUGCAGGCAGCCAUUGGGAGGUGCUGGGGUGGGGAGAGGAAGAUGGGAACAAGUGGAUGGUCACUGAGUUCGCGAAGACGCUCUUCACGCCGGCUGGCAUUGACGUGUACUCGAAGGAUCGAAGUGGGCUGAAGGCGGAGACAUUGGAGGCUAUCAAGAAGGCACUCACCGAGGUGGAUGAUCCGGAUGUGAAGAAGUUGUCUGGCGAGAUCUUUGAGAUCACGAUUGAUGAUGCGAGGAAGGACUGA